AUGCCUUCUGCCCUGACCCGCCACUUCACCAUGCCCGUCUCGCGCCCGCAGCCCCAGCCGCGCACCGCGAGCCGCCUGAGCACCGCCCUCGCCGCCCUGCGCCAGCAGGAGGAGCAGGAGAGCCUGCUGGGCGGCGAGGACGAGGAGGAGUGCUUCGGCCCCCAGGAGCGCGCCUACGCCGACGCCCAGGAGGAGAUUUUUGCCGCCGACCCGCACAAGGACCUGCCCGUCUACCGCACCAUCCAUCGCAUCCGCCGAUUGAUCCUUGCGAGCAUAGAUGAUCCCUACACCUCGUCCGCCCUGCGUGACCCCCGCAUGAAUGCCCUCAUUGUGCGACCUCUCGUCGAGCGCCUCUACGACCCCAAGGACUGCUCUGUCGUCUACUGUCUGCUCGUCAACCGAGUGCAGUUCCUUCACGAACAAAACUAUCACAAACACCUCCAUCAAACCGUCAACGGGACACGUGCUAUUCUCUGCGAGAUCGUGGCUAGCAAGAUCCUGCGCCGUUUCGAUGAAGAGCACCCUGGUCGCCCCGGCCUGUUGUUGCUCUCCAACAUCCUCGUCGCGGGAUUCGAUCCAUUCCAAAAUGCCCCUGACGAGGUCAUGGAGGAGAGUGGGAAUGUCUUUGACUGGCUUCUACAAGAGCGUGGAGGCUACGAGGGCAAGUUCACCGCCUUGGAGAUCGCCAUCCUUUCCGAGAGCAAGCACUUCUUGAGCGGCGCGGCUUGCUCCAAGGUCGUUGACGCUGUGUACCGUGGACGGGUCGUCUAUACGCCCAUUGCCUUCAUCGACAUCAUCCCGGACCACUACAAACACAAGCCCGUCCGGCUGUACAAUCCACGCCGCGCACCCAUUCUCAACCACUACCGCUUGAUAGUCCCACGCACCAGGAACGUCAUCGACAUUUGCCAGUUCCUUCUCCUCAUUGCCCUCUACGCCGUGACGAUGACCAACCGGGACCAUACCCAAUGGACCUAUUACGAACUGAUAUUCGCCAUCUAUGCAGCCGGCUGGUGCCUGGAUGAAUCGGCAACCAUUCUAGAGCACGGCUGGAAGGUAUACUCGCAAAACCUGUGGUCUUUCCUGGACAUCACAUUUGUCAUCAUCUACGUGGCCUACAUUUCCCUCCGCAUGCAUGGCUGGAUGCACGAUGACCUUGGGCUCGGGCGGCAGGCCCUGGACAUACUCUCCGUGGCGGCGCCCAUCCUCUUGCCACGGCUGGCCUUCAACAUGAUGCCGGAGAACAUGCUUAUGAUCUCCCUCCGAGCCAUGAUGGGCCACUUUGUGCUACUCACACUCAUCGCCGUCUGGCUCUUUGCUGGCUUCCUUUUGGCAUUGAGAUGGCUCAGUUUCGGACAAGUCGGCCCUGACGGUAACCCGGCUGACCAACCCGAUCCGAUUACCAUAGCGAAGUGGAUGCUGUACAUUUGGUUCGGACUCGACGCCACGGGGGUUCAGGAAGCCCCGACGUUCCACUUGAUCCUGGGACCUGCUUUGAUGGUUGCCUUUGCCUUCCUUGGAAACACGCUCUUCUUGACCAUCCUCGUCGCCAUCCUCAGCGACACUUUCUCAAAAGUUGCAAACGACGCGAACGCCGAGAUUCAAUUCAGACGCGCAGUGCUGACGUUUGAGGGAGUCAAGAGCGACGCUCUGUUUGCCUACCGGCCGCCAUUCAACGUACUUGCGCUCCUUAUCCUGGUGCCGCUCAAGUUCGUCGUGUCGGCGAGGUGGUUCCACAAGAUCAACGUCGCCGCGGUGCGUAUCCUCAACGCGCCCAUAUUGCUCGCCAUCACGCUCUACGAGCGCCGUAAUCUAUGGAGGUCAAAGAGGCGCUCGCUCGGGGCAAUUAACAAGAGGCGGAAGUUUACCAUCUGGAACUGGUCGCGCUUCAGCGUGCAUGGGGACAUCCAGGCUUGCUUCGAGACGGAGGUACCGAAGAGCAUACUGGAGGACAUUGUCCAACAAGACGAGAUUGACGAGGACAUCGCUUGGGGCAACGGACACGGGCUAGCGGGCGCCUUCAGAGGCAGGGAGGCGAGUCCGCAGGUAAGUCCGCAAACCGAGAUUAGGCGAAGGAGGUUUUCAAGCAUCAUCCAUACCGAUGGACCGUGA